UAGGGGGAAUUAUUUCUGUGACGAUCGACGGGGGAGUGAAGUCGAAUUGCACAGUUCCGUUACACAAUUUUAUACAGAAGCAUCUAAUUCAUAUACCGUCUUUGGUGAAGAAUCAUCUCCGUUGUUGUUAUGUGCUUGAUAUUUGGGCUGUAGCAGACCUAAGCCAAAUAUGUUUUGCAGGAGGUGGUAGGUCAGGCAGAAAACACGAGUGUCUAUUCCGCCCCCUGCUGGUUUCCAUGGGCAGUGUGCUGGCCUUGUCUUCUCGCCCAGGGCGUCAGAACUCACCUUUCCCCCAGGACAGGCCCCACUCCCGAUGGGAUAGGAGGGAUGGUCGCCUUCCAAACCCCGGGAGCUUUGACGAGCUGCACCGUAAAUGUAAAGAUGUCUUUCCACAGCAGACAGAAGGAGUCAAACUAAUUGUGAACAAGACUCUCAGUAGUUUCUUUAAGGUCAGCCACACUUUUCAUCUAAGUGCCGUGGCACCAUCAAAUUAUCGCUUCCAUGUCUCUUACCUGCAGUCGGACACUGACAGUAAAGAAGUGGACUCCCCCAUGCUGAUUGGUGAAAUGGAUUCCUCGGGCAGUUUGAACGCACACUCCUUGUUUCACCUGAGUGAACGAAUCAGAGCCAAGGCUGUCUUCCAGACUCAGCAGUCCCAGUUUGUGACCUGGCAGUUCGAGACAGAGUACAGAGGGCGGGACUUCACUGCGGCCGUCACUCUGGCAAAUCCGGACAUCCUCAGAGAAUCUGUGAUCAUGGUGGCACACUUCCUGCAGAGUGUGUCCUCACAGCUGGUCCUGGGAGGGGAGCUGGUAUACCACCGCGGUCGUUCUGAAGAAGGUGGCAUUCUCACACUGGCUGGCCAGUAUUCAGGGCCAAACUGGGUGGCAACACUGAAUGCAGGUAAAGGAGGUGCACAUGCCAGCUACUACCACCGAGCCAAUAAACAGAUUCAGGUGGGGGUGGAAUUUGAGGCGAGCACCAGAACUCAGGAGACCACGUUCUCCUUUGGCUACCAGAUGGAUCUUCCUGAAGCCAACAUGGUCUUCAGAGGGAUGCUGGACAGCCGGUGCAUCAUCGGCGGCGUCCUGGAGAAGCGGCUGUCCCCACUGCCCGCCACCUUAAUCAUGGGAGCCUUCGUUAAUCACCGUGGAGACAAGCUGCAGUGCGGGCUGGGGGUGAACGUCGGGUAGGCCGUCGCGGCACGGGAGGGCAGGAGAGGGGCCAAGCCUCUGUGAGACUCAGGCCAGCGCCAAUGUGUACUCUAAGACUGGUGAAAAAAACGCCCGGUGCCUCCCUCCCUAGAGGGCCAGUGUAAUGGAGCCCCACAGCCUCUCCCUGGGGCUCUUCCUAGAUGCCCCUCAGUGUGCUCCCUGCUGUCCCUAACCCCCAUAACUACCAGGGAGGCUGUCUAUGGUCUGCAGGCAGGGCAGGGUGGGGGGGAUGGAGAUGUGGUAUGGCUCUGUCUGGCGAUAAUGGGCCUUCUCUAAUGGCGAGCUAUAGACUGUGCCUGCUAUCCAGCCCAAUUUCUUAAGUAGACCUUUGCAAGGUGCCCUCUGUGUUGGACACUGCAGGGUAAUGCACAUCCAAAGGACACAGCGCAUCCAGGCUUUCAGCCAGGGACCAAUCAGGAGAACCCCUUUGAGCUGUCACUCCGCCACCCUGUGCCCCACCACAUCCCCGCACUUCUAUGUACAUGAAGCGGAGCUUUGUAGCCAUUUCAUUCGUUUUUUUUCCUAUGUUUAUAGUAAGCCAGUGUGAAUUCCCGAUCCCCGCCCCUAUUGUUCCUUGAGUUGGACCGUGAAGUGCACAUGGUCCUCUAAAAGUUAAGAGGCUGACCCUAGGACGAAUUCCUCGCAAUUCAUGCAGAACCCAUGCAAAUUGUUGUUUGAGUUGGACCGUGAAGUGCACAUGGUCCUCUGAAAGUUAAAAGGUGGACCCUAGGACGAAUUCCCCGCAGUUCAUGCAGAAUCCAUGCAAAUUGUUGUAAGGAUGUAUGUGCCUAACAAAGUAGGUAUUUUAAAUGGUUCCAGCUUCUUGUGUUUACUUCAAUACGUAUUGUGUGAAAGAGCAUUGAAAGGGGUUUCAGGUAACCUAUAGGGUUUGGUGUAACUUUAGCUUCAAGGAAACACGAGAGUGUUUAUUCGUGUGGUUAUGUGUUCCUGAGGGUAAACAACCAUCUAGCCUCUCUAUCAAUCUGAAAUGGAUUGUUGUGUUAUGGUCCCACCCACCUAUUUGCUAAGGCCUACAGCAAAUUUGUGGUUUACACCCUGCUGCUUUUUUUUUUGCUUUUGUAAUUUACCAGAACUUCUAUUAUUUUCCAGGCCAUGUGGGGAAAUGUUUUUGAAAAUGUCUGGCUGUAGAAUAGGAUAAAUUAGUGCAAUAAUUAUUUAUGAUGUCAGGUUGCCAGACCUUGCAUAUAAAGGAUCAACAGGGAUCAAAUAAGCACUGGAUAUGUUUUAGCUCAAUAAGACUUGACAAUUUAAUUAGUACCAUGUUUGUAAUGGGCUAUUGAGUGUGGAAAAGCGAGGGGGGGCAGUUGUUGGUGACUCCUGGAUCUGUUCAGCAUCCCAGCUUUAUCAUCCACAUUGAUUGUUUGUAAACCUGCGUACACUGUGUCCGAGUGCAAUUUGGCAUGACUGGCAAAACCCUCAACUGGUAUCUGACAAUGUAAUACGUCAUGGUAUUGUCCUCCAGAAUACGUACAUUUCAAGUUGAUUGCAUGUUAAAGCGACAUCUUAAAUGAUAAUGAGGUUUUCAAGUAGCGAAUCCAGCUGAGGCGGUUUCAGUGACUGGGUAUGAAUUUGAGUGAACCUGUGCCAGGACUGUCAUGGGGCAGCGUGUGAUUUGCCGUGUCAUUGCUCAGAGAGGGUUCCCUUUGGCUCCGCACUUCUCACAUUAUUACUCGGCUUCUGCUUGAUUGGAUGCCGCUUGCUGCACUCAUGUCAGUGACAAGAUAGGUCCUCGGUGCCAGUUUAAGGGAUUAGGGAGAAAAGAAAAAUGGGAAUAAAAAGUUGCUUAUGGUAACAUGGAAAUUUGAAUGCAUAAGCACCAGUUGUGUUUCUGAGAACGGACUCAUUGCUGCAUUUGCAACUUAUUUUGGCUUAUGUUGCUCAUUCUGGAAACAAAAACAUUAAGUUAAGUACAGUUUAGCCCAUCGGUUUAUUUAUGUAUUUUACUUUAAAAAUAUUACAGUGUAAAACUACAUUUUGAGGUACUCCAUACAUACAAGAUAUCUAAUAUAAUCCCACUAACCAGUAUACAGUAUAUUCAAUUUAUUUUAAAUCAGACUUAUUGGUACAUAGCCUAUGUUUAUUGUUUGAAGUCAACAUGUUUUGGUUCUCCCGCAAUAAAAAGGCGGUUUUAGUGUGAUUUACAAACAAGUGGUAUGUAUAUAUAUAUAUAUAUAUAUAUAUAUAUAUAUAUGGCCGGUCUUUGAAGUGGUCUAUUCAUCAACUAAUCAAAUCAAUCGAUUGCAUAAUGACCGUUCAUACGAAAGGAACACCACAUUGGUAGAGUUUUAAUUACUUAAAAAGACUAGAACCUAAUCAAUUAUUCCUACAGGCUUUUAGGUAAAUACUGUAAAAAAAAAAAACAAAUAAAAAUACCCAUAACAAUAGUUGUCAACAGAAUCAUGAAACUUAAUAGAUUACAUAAUGAUAUAUUAGCAAAGCAAAUUUAUCAGGAAAAUUAGGAAAGUGGUGUUGUGUUCUAUUUAUUCAUGCCUGUGUGAUGCUUUAAUAUUUAAACCUGCCAUUCGGUCUAAUGUUAUUGUUCCACAUUCCCCCAACCAACGACCAUUUUGCUCUACCAGCCACGCAGUACUACAACAGAGCUUGCGCUGUAGGGAAGAGAGACAUACCUCUCGCUGAUGUCAGCCGGUCCCCUGUGAGGGUCUGGUGCAUCGGUGGGAGCAGCAGAACACAGUGCUGCGGUGCUAAUGUGAGGAAGCAUACCAAACCGAAGCCCUACCGAACCUGGCAUGUCUCAGCGCUUGUGGCGAGCUCCAUUGCUGACUGAACCCUUCUUGAGAAAGGCGGACCGAUUCAGUACACGAAGAUUGAAUCCCUGUAAACACAUUUUAAAUGGUUGAGUCACCCCCCCCCCCCCCAUCCAAAUAAAUUUUAUUAUUAAUUUUAAGACACCUUAAGUUUCAGUUGGUUGUCUGGAUGGAUGUUUAGUGGGCCAGUUUUCAGCAUUUGCACCACAACUUGAAUGUGUGGCCACACUUAAGGUUUAACUAAUGAUUUGUGAUGGACGUGUAAAUAUUUUAAACUAAUAAAUGAAAGUUAUUUAUUUGGA